UACGGCCACCGUCAUGGCCAGCCUCUUCGUAUACGGGACGUUGAUCCAUCCCCACAUCCUCUCUCGGGUCUUGGCAGGCACCCUGCGUCGCCCUUCCUUGGAAGACCCUUCCACGCGCCGCUUCUCCCACCUUCGCGUCGUGCCCGCAUUGCUGCCAAAGUACAAAGUCUACCGUGUCAAAGGCCAGGAAUACCCUGCUCUUGCGCCUGUUGAUACAGCUGCAGAGACGGAUGGAUCCGAAGAGAUUGGCGCAGUUGUACGAGGUGUGGUGGUCAGCGGUCUCUCAGACGCAGAGUUGGCCGCGCUGGACCUCUUCGAAGGUGACGAGUAUACCCGGGCCACGGUAAAUGUCCUCGUAGCCUCUACCGACGAGGCUAUAUCCAAUGACGUUCGUUCGUCUUGGAACGCAGAGACCAUCACAGAGAUACUAGAGUCCACACUGCCAGCCGAGCGAGUGCAGGCGCUCCUCAGCGGAAAGGAAAAGAGCGAGAAGCAACAAGUUCAAGGAUACCUCUGGGUCGCGGACGCUUCCGACCUCGAGGACAAAGAUGGACCUCGGGGUCCGUGGGAGUUCUCGACUUUUGCUAAAGGAAAGUUGAGCAGGUGGACAAGCGGCGAGUGGACUGAUGCUGGCGGACCGGACGGGGUGGAAGUGCAGGAGGAGACACCGCCCCAAACACCCGUGGUACCUCAGGGCGCUUCUGCAGGGGGAUUUGACGAGAUACGCAGGACUAUGACUGGGGGACAGGACGGCUCGACUCCCUCUUUCAACACUGGCUCCGCCUUCUCGGGAUUGACCCUUGGGGCCGGCGACGAUCCUUGGGCUGAUCCAGCACCCUCUGCUACAAUGAUCUCACCAUCUGCUACAGAGAAGUCUGCUAAUCCUUGGGCAUCGAACGCGAUAGCGGGGUCCAAUGGCCAAGACGGAGAUGCAAAAGAUGGCACAAGUUCGUCGUCGUUCAGUGUGCCUCGCGAAGAGAUCCCAGAGGGAUAUCCACUUGAGCUCGAGGGCUGGCAGGUCCCGGGGUACGAGACCUUCGGCAAGCCAAUCAGUAGAUGGUGGCCACAUGGCGUCAAACAAGGAGAAGCAGCAACUCAACGGCGCUACUUGAGCUUCAACAAUGGAUCACUGGGGUCAUGUCCCAAGCCCGUCUUCGAAGCCUAUCAAAGCUUUUCCGCAAAGGCGGAAGACAAUCCCGAUCUGUUCGACAGGCGCAUUGCCCCUCCAGCCCUCAAAGCCGCUCGCACUCGCGUAGCUGAAUUCCUCAACUGUCCAGCCUCGACGGUUGCCAUCAUUAUGAACAGCACCACCGGUACCAACAGUGUCGUGCGAGGAUUCCCGUGGGAGCAAGGAGAUCACGUCGUCGUGCUCAGCUCCCUCUACGGCGCCCUAGAGAAGACUUUCGAGUACGUGCAAGAUACUUAUUCACCUAAGCCGACGCUAGUGCGGGUAGAGACUACCUACCCUCUGUCGCACAUGGAGUUGGUAGACAAGUUCAGAAAACAGAUUCGGGACCUCAAGAGCGAUGGAAAAAGAGUGAGGAUGGCAGCCUUUGAUGCCAUCAGCUCGAUGCCGGGACUGGUCCUACCGUGGGAGGAGCUAGUGCAGGUCUGCCGAGAAGAAGAUGUAUACAGUCUGGUCGACGGUGCUCAUGCGUUCGGUCAGAUAGAAGUAGAUCUUGGAAAGACGCAGCCCGACUUCUUCGUCACCAAUGCUCACAAGUGGGGCUACGUGCAUCGCAGCUGCGCGAUAUUCCAUGUACCUCUGAAGAAUCAGCACCUGUGCACUAGCGGUUUGCCCACCAGCUGGUUCUACCGCUCCAAGGCCGAGAGGGAAAGUGUAAAGGAGAAGGAAGAGGGUAAUGACUUCAUUGCUCAGUGGGAUUAUCCAGGUACAAUCGACUACUCUUCCUUUCUGUCCAUCGAUGCUGCCCUCGAUUUUAGACAAAAGAUCGGCGGCGAGGCGCGCAUCCGGUCUUACAAUCACUCCCUCGCCCUCUUGGGAGGUCUUACCGUUGCUCGCAUCUUGGGCACGGAGCUUCUGGAGACCAGUCCGCCCUCGCUGACGGCGGCGAUGUGUAAUGCGAGGCUGCCGCUGGCCAGUCGAGUAGUUGGGACAGAUCCAAGUGCUUGGCUGACCAGUAAGGGAAGCACGUGGCUGUGGAGUCGACUGCUCGAUGAAUUCAACACGUACCUCCGCUUUACCUGCCACAACAAGCAAGUCUACGCGCGCAUCUCGGCACAGGUUUGGCUGGAGCUAGAGGACUUUGAGUAUCUUGGCAGAGCACUCAAGGAGCUCUGCAGGAGAAUCAAUGCUGGUGAGGGCCCAUAG